GUUAAUAUAGGUGAUUUGCCAAAGUUCACUUUCAAGAUGCUUGCUAAUGCAACAAACCAGUUCCAUGAAGAUAACCUUCUUGGAAGGGCUGUUUACAUGGGGAUUCUGGCAAAUGGGAAAGAAAUCGCUGUAAAGAGACUAUCAGCAGACUCCGGACAAGGAAUGCAAGAAUUCAUGAAUGAAGUGAUUCUGAUUUCCAAACUCCAACACAAGAAUCUUGUCAAACUGCUGGGAGGUUGUGUUGAGAAAGAAGAGAAGAUUCUGGUAUAUGAAUACAUGCCAAACAAAAGCUUGGAUGCUUGUCUCUUUGGUCAUACGAAUCCGACAAAGAAGUUGUUAGAUUGGAAUAUGCGUUACAACAUUAUCGAAGGCAUAAGUCGAGGCAUCCUGUAUCUUCACAGAGACUCAAGACUAAGGGUCAUUCACAGAGACCUGAAACCAAGUAAUGUCCUGCUAGACCAAGACUGGAAUCCCAAAAUCUCGGAUUUUGGCAUUGCAAGAAUAUUCAGAGACAAUGAAGACCAAUGCAAUACUGCAAGAGUCAUGGGAACAUACGGAUACAUGGCGCCAGAAUACGGAAUGGAAGGCAGAUUUUCUGAAAAAUCUGAUGUCUACAGCUUUGGAGUGCUGAUAUUGGAGAUUAUAAUAGGAAAAAAGAACACACACUAUUUCAAUGAUGAAUGGUCCUUGAGCCUAAUUGGAUGUGCUUGGAAAAUGUGGAGUGAGGGUAACGGUUUGAGUUUUGUGGAGGAAAGCAUCGCAAGUAAUGAGACAGAGGAAGAGAUGGUUCGAUGCAUUCAGAUAGGGCUGCUUUGUGUCCAAGAACAUCCCAAGGAUAGACCUUCCAUUGAAAUGGUGCUUUCGAUGUUGAAUCAUGAUAUCGUGGAGCUGGCAGCACCAAAGCAGCCAGUGCUUUCGGAAAAUGGAUCAACAGACCAGAAUGUUUACACAAGCUACGAGCUCACUAUUAGUGUGCUUGAUGGACGAUGAAUCUUUUUCCAACUCUCAUUAUAUUAUUCACUUUUGAUUGAUAUUCUAUUUUUUUUAUAGUGUUUUCACGUUCUAAAUCAAUAUUUGGUUGGUAUAUAUAGUUUUGGCGUCUCA